AUUGCUUCUGUAAGUUUACGAAAAAUCAUUUCGCUUCACAUAGGUGUGCUCUGCAGUGCAAAACCAAGACUUCACUGUGGUAGAAGACUACUGCUGUGGCUUGCGGGCUCUUCUCUAUCUUAAAGGAGCAAAAUCACUUGUGGACUGGGACGGACAAAGCCCACCUAUUGCUAAACAUCAAAAGGGAAAACCUGUCACUGUGAAAGAUACGGGGCUUCCAAAUUUUGGAAGGUAUCGAGAAGAGCGAGGGAAACUGGAAAGGAAUCUGUUAAAGAAAUCUGACACAGAAUUAGCACACGAUGGCUUCGCUCAUCGACCCGACACAACAGUGGAGAAAAUCCCUACUAUUCAAGACAUCGUUGGGUCGGCACUAUCUCGAAUUGGACCUUAUGCGACACUGGACAAUAAGCAACAGAAAGUCGCAGUCAUUGACGAUGAUCUCUGCAUAAACUGCGGGAAGUGUUAUAUGACGUGCAAUGAUUCGGGUUACCAAGCAAUUUCAUUCGAUCACAGCACCCAUCAAGCAACGGUAAACGAAGAUGCCUGUACUGGAUGCACUCUCUGUUACAGCGUCUGCCCAAUUCCGGAAUGCAUUCAGAUGGUACCAAGGAGAGGUGCGUGGAAGGCUCCCAAUCGUGGCAUAAGCCCGGAUUUUAAGCUAGUGACACCAGAUGUUUUAAAGCUCCGUCCGCGAGAGAAAUUAGUCAUCAAUGAGAACUGA